CCUUGCCGACGCCGCCCGGCGCCGCCGCCAUGGCCGACGUGGAGGACGGCGAGGAGCCCUGCACCCUGUCCUCGCACUCCGGGAGCGCAGGCUCCAAGUCAGGCGCCGACAAAAUGUUCUCGCUCAAGAAGUGGAACGCGGUGGCCAUGUGGAGCUGGGACGUGGAGUGCGAUACCUGCGCCAUCUGCAGGGUGCAGGUGAUGGAUGCCUGCCUUAGAUGUCAAGCUGAAAACAAACAAGAGGAUUGCGUUGUGGUCUGGGGAGAAUGUAAUCAUUCUUUCCACAACUGCUGCAUGUCCUUGUGGGUGAAACAGAACAACCGCUGUCCCCUCUGCCAGCAGGAUUGGGUGGUCCAAAGAAUUGGCAAAUGAGAGGCAGUAGAAGGCGUCCUGGUGUGGUGGAUCUCGGCCCUCCUAGGUGUUGCUGUCAAGUGCCCCGCAAUGCUAGAAGACUCUAGGGGCUUGUUCUUCAAAGAGAAAGUAAUGGAUCUGUGGUUCCCUGGACUCAUCAGAGGCAUGGUUUAGCAUUUUCUCAGCUUAAUGUUCAGAAAUUCUAUACUCAAGAUCAUUUAUGAAAGAUGGUCUUUCCUACCUCUGUUGUGUGUGUUAUACACACUGGUUAGAGAACUCCAACAAAUUGGACAACCUUUAUCACUUACCUGUUGGUAUGCUAGGGGCUGUAAAAGCAGUUGCAUUCACAGAGGAACAUUUGCAUGCUUUUGCUUGAUUUU